AUGCUCAUUAAGCUGGGAAAUAUGCCGACAUUAAAAAUUGGUUCCCACAAGGAAGGAGCUGAACGUCGUGAUAAGAAUCUUUCUGAAAAUAACACCAGACUUGACAGAGAGACAGAUAAAUCGGCAGUAACAGACAACAUAAAGAGAGUUUGGCAUCUCCGUCAGGAAUGUAAACGGUACAGUGACGACUUAACGAAAUUGGAUCGUCUGAGUAAUUUGAUUGUUGACGACAAAUACAAAACGUUAUUUUGUUAUAUUCCUAAAAUAGCAUGUUCACAGUGGAAGUCCAUCUUCAUAACUUUGACGGGAAAGGUAAAUUCUAGCAGGUUAAGUAUUGAGAAAGUUCAUGAUUUCCGAUUCAAUUCAGUAAUAAAUUUGUUAAGCAAUUAUCCUUAUGAAAGAAGAAAACGUAUACUGAAGGAGUAUAAGAAGUCUAUGAUCGUCAGGAACCCAUUAGAGAGACUUUUAUCAGCCUACAGGAAUAAGAUUGAAAGAAAAGGAAAAGCUCGGCAAUUUCAAACAAUUAGGGAAACUAUUCUGGAACGGUACAGGUCAAAUAUGACACAGGAAUUUCUUGCAAAGGAUGAUUAUAACGUGACGUUUUUUGAAUUUGUGAAAUUCGUCACCGACGAAGAUCCCGAAAAUUUCAACAGCCAUUGGAAGAGAUAUACGACUCUUUGCAGCCCCUGUAUUAUUAAGUACGACUUUAUCGGCAAAUACGAAAGUAUUUAUAGAGAUGCUAAUUUCAUCUUAAGAGACCUUGGAGCACCUCCUAAUAUUCGAUUUCCUCAAAGGUCGGAAACAUAUCACACUAUUGAAACAAUGAACAUUUUUGAGAAGUUUUAUUCACAGAUUCCAGCUGAAUAUAUAACAAAAUUAUGGAACAUUUAUCGACCAGAUUAUGAAUUAUUUGGGUACUCGCUGAACGAUAAUUUCAAACUAAAAACACACUCCUAA